UGUUAGCGUGCGCUGUAGUGUACAUUAUUGAAUUAUGGUUCGAGUUCUUUGUUCUCGUUACUGCCGUAGUGUUUUCAAACACACUGCACAGAGAUGUUUGUCUUACGUACCUAUAGUUAUCGAGCAGACGGGACGUGGAGAGCGUGUAUACGACAUCUACUCCCGUUUGCUAAAGGAUAGAAUUAUAUGUUUGAUGGGACCAGUAACAGAUGCCGUGUCAAGUGCAAUUGUUGCUCAGCUCUUGUUCCUCCAGUCUGAAUCGGCCAAGUCUCCUAUACACAUGUACAUCAAUAGCCCAGGUGGGUCAGUAACAGCUGGGUUAGCUAUCUAUGAUACGAUGCAAUAUCUCCAGUCUCCUGUAUCAACUUGGUGUAUCGGUCAAGCUUGCAGUAUGGGCUCACUUUUAUUGUCUGCGGGUGGUGCAGGUCUUCGGUACUCUUUGCCACAUUCACGCAUUAUGGUACACCAGCCAUCAGGCUAUGCUGAGGGUCCAGCGACUGACAUCCAGAUUCAUGCUGAGGAAAUCAUCAGACUAAAAAAGUCACUCAACAAGAUCUAUGAGAAACACACUGGACAGGAUGCAAAUACUAUAGAAGCAGCUAUGGAAAGAGACAAGUUUAUGUCUGCUGAUGAAGCUGCAGUGUUUGGUCUUAUAGACCACAUUGUGAGUCAAACUCCUGUGCAGAGCAAGUGAAUAGAACUGUAUUGCAGCUUUGAGGUAAGUAGUGUAGCUGUACAGAGUUGCAGAAGUAAAUAGUUAUAGUUAAGCCAAGUUUCAGUUUCUUAGCGCCUUUCAAUGAGCUAUUGCAUCUAAUCAGUAUUGAUCACAUGCACUCCCAAGUCCCAGUCCAACACAGGGACUACUCUACUACUAAAUCAAUUAUUUGUCAUAAUUCUAUCAUGUCAUUAAUUUUACCUUGAGUGAAGGAGGAGUAAAUAAGCAAUGCUAAGAAAGGGUUGA